GAGCUGCAGCGCUGACAGUGGACUGUCUUGAUUCAUGUUGCUGUGGAGCCUCCUUUUUGGAUUUGGAGAACAAUUAAUGCGGUCAGAACUGAGCGCAUCAAGGAUGACAUCAGCUGUGUGAGGUGUGUUAUGGCCCUUUGACUAUGACUGGACCUAGCUGAUGAAUCACAGGACACAGUGGAUGGAGUCUGGGAUGGCUAAUACCUUAAACGAUGAGAAGAUGAAUGUGGAGGCUCUAAGCAGAGGGGAGCUGCUGACUCUCCUCAGUGUCCUGGAGGGAGAGCUGGAGGCCCAGGAUGUGGUCAUACAUGCCCUCAGAGCUCAGCAAAGAGAUGCUUUCGUCCAACAGCGUUAUGGCCAGUAUGACCUCAGCGACCCAUUCCUGGCCCUGCAGCGGGACAGCGAGUCAGAUGAGCGCCAAAACACGCUCACCCAGCCUCAGGGACACAUGCAGGGCCGGGCGGUGGGCCCCAACCCUCUGGCUGUGCUUAAACUUGUCAUGGCUCACUGCAAGAGGAUGCAGGAGAGGAUGAUGGGACAGCUGGCUGCAGCUGAGAGAAGACACAGGAGGAUGAUAGCUGAUCUGGAAGAGGAGAAACGACGGCGGGCCCAGGAGUCAGAGCAGAGUGAUGAUUUCACCUUCAUGCUGCGGACAGAAAGAGACAAACUGCUGCAACAGUUGGAAGUGGAGUGUGCAACUGUGCGGAAGUUAGAGCAGCAACAAGCCCAGGCAGCGAGCCAGGUGGAGGAGUCACUGUCCCAGCAGCAACAGAUCUCCUCAACCCUGACGCUGGAGCUCCAGAAAGCCAACAGCCAGGCACAGGAGGAGGCUCAGAAGGUCUCCCAGCUUUGCUCCUUACUCCAAGAGGAGUCCAGUGCCAUGGAGAAGCUCCGUGGGGUUCUUGAAGAUGAGAAGAGCAGGACAGUCGAGCUAGAGGCCAGGUCUGAGAGUCAGCUAACUGAGUUUAACACAGAGCGAGAGCAGAUGAAGGCAAGGAUCAGCAAAGAGGAGGAGAGGAGUAGGGAGCUCGAGAGACAGUUGGAGGAGUUGAGGAAGAGGUUGGCUGAAACUGGAGGGGGUAAAGAACAAGCAAAGCAGGCUGAGACAGAGGUGAAAGAAUCCCUUUCCAAUAUGAUGUUGGUGUCCACUUCUGUUCAGACUGAGCCGGACGGAAAGAUAACUGUCACUCCUAAAUCCUCCUCGGUGUCAAAGGUCAAUGGGCAUCACACUCAAAAAGAGACGGAGCCAGCACAGGAGGGGAGAGGAGCAGAGAAUGGAGGAGUGGUAGAGAAUGGGGGUGGAGCACUUUUGCAUUCCCCUCUUCCCACUCACCCUCAUCCUCACUCUCCCUCCAGCACAGCCUCCUCAUCCCUCUCUUCUUCCCCUAUUUCCUCCCCCAUUCUUGCCAAGCGUCUGGGCAGCCCAGGCUUCCAUCAGUCCUCCUACCAGGCCAGUGUCAACCAGCGAUUCCACGCCGCUAGGCACAAGUUCCAGAGCCAGGCUGAGCUGGAGCAUCAGCAGCAUGGAGGCCCUCUUUCCCCGAGAGACCUCUCCCCCACUACCACUUCUAUCCCUCCCCCACUAGAGCACAGCUCAGCAAAGCAGCUUGCCCGCAACACCGUCACUCAGGUGCUGUCCCGCUUCACCAGCCAGCAGGCCGGCGUCAAGCUGGCCCCUAUCAGCAGCUCCCCUUUUGGUACAGACUACCGCAAUCUAGCAACAUCUCCUCCUGGUGGCAGGUCUCCCUCUUCAGGGCCUCUAUCUCCAGGCAUCCGCUCCCCCCUCACUCCUCGCUCAGAGACCCAUCCUCCUCCCAUCCCUCCCAAGAAGCCAGGCAUGAGUCCAACUCCAGGUUCUCCAAUUCACUCAGCCCGGACCAGCCUCUUUCCCGAGCUGACGGGGAACUGUGGACACAGCAACAGCGGGCAGGAAGGAGCCAAGGAGCCUGACCUGCUUUUAUCUUCGAGCUAACAGCCAGAUUCUACAAACUUACUUGUAAAAGAGUUAGGCCUAAAUCAACAGUUACUGUAAUGUUCACCUUUAUCAACCCUUCUACGCUCUUCAUAGCACAGUAAAUCAGUAGUAGAGACACUUCAGAGCUGGACUGGUUCUGGAAGAUGCUCACCCUGAGAGAAAAAAGAACUAUUUGACUAUUUAAAAUGUAGUUUAUUAUGAUUUUUAAAAAUAUCUAAUUCAUAUUUCUAUUACCAUUCCUGACUUUAUUUCUAUAUAUAGAUUUUUUUUGUAAGUUUAAAGUUUUAGAAUGAAAAUAUUUAUCUUUCUAUUUUCCACCUUCACCCUAUAAUAAGGGUGUUUAGAAAUCAUAUGUAUAAAGAGAACAAGCUAAAGACCUGUUUGGUUUUAAAGAAAGACACGUUAAAGAGGUUUCAACGUAAAAACAUUCCUUUUCUUUUGUUUUAUCGCUCAAAUUACCAGUCAUUUUAGAAUCAAAAAAGCCAAGACUUUAGUCAGAAGCAACACUGUAUAGCAAGUAGGAGGGCUAACCUAUAUGGAUGUAGAAUAUCGCGAAUGUUUAGAUAUCACCAUUACACAGUAAACUAGUGAGUAGUUUUUAAAUGUUUUUCCAAUGAAUCUUUAUGCAGUUCCUGGAUACCUACGGAUAUCUGUCCAUGAAAACACUACUAUACUGUAAAUAGUUUAAAGUUUAUUUUGAUUAACAUCACAUGCAUGUGCUGUUUUUCUAUUGCAUUAGUCAUGGAUACACUGAAUCUUAAAAAGGGAGAACACACUUUGUACUACAUCACUAUAAUAUAUUGUAAUUCUACAAUUCAUUUUUAUAUUCAGGGAAGGUAAUGCCUUCUUCACCCAAACCAUGAAGUCACAAUUAUGCGAUACCCUUUUUCCAUCGAGAACAUUGUAGGGACUAAAGGUUUGUAUCUUGCUACUGUUUUUAUAUUAUCUAAUUCACUGUGUUGUCUUUUCCUAACAGCACUACGAUGUACCCUUUAGGUUUACGGGAUUUAAAAUCAAAAACUUAUUGAAAGUUAUUGUUUCAAUUAAUCAAUUUAAAGCUGUAGAUUGAUACACUGUUUGUCUGCGAGGGGGAUCAGCUCUCUCUAUAAAUACACAUAUCAUGAACACUUGCAUCAUCCAGUGCUGUUAAUAAAUAAAUUGACAAUGCCUUAAA